AGUAAGAUUUGAUUUUUAGUCACCAGACUCUUAUUUUGUCGGUCGUUCCCCCACAAUGCACUCGCACCGGAAACAGUCUCUGGCUGUGUGCUGCAGGCGAGGGCAGAAAGAGACGCUGCUGGGCGCCUCCCCUUCCCCAAACCAACACAAAAAACUACAGAAAAUAAGCCCGUGGACAGCAGAAAACAGCCUAGAAAGCAUCGGACGGGGUUUUGGCGUCACAUCGGGCCUCUACGCGGACAAAUCCGCUCCUGUUGACCCCGUUCGAGCGGUUUAAAGUGAAGUUUGACUUCAGUUUCACAGCUCUAACUCCUCCUUUUCUUUAUCUCCACCUGCAAACGUUCCCACUCUUCCUUUCUUUGCUCUUCUCCUCCUCUCGUCCUGGACCAUGUGUGAUAAUGGGGAUCUGGAGGACAAGCCGCCCGCUCCGCCCGUGAGGAUGAGUAGCACGAUCUUCAGCGGCGGCGGGAAGGAUCACGCGCUCGCAGCCAAUCACAGCUCCAAGCCUCUUCCCUCGGUGCCGGAGGAGCGCAAGCGCAACAAGAUCAUCUCCAUCUUCUCCGGAGCCGAGAAGGGUGGCCGAAGGAAAGACAAUAAAGAGCGGCCGGAGAUCUCGCCGCCCUCAGACUUCGAGCACACCAUCCACGUGGGAUUCGACGCGGUUACUGGCGAGUUUACGGGAAUGCCGGAGCAGUGGGCCAUAUUACUGCAGACCUCCAACAUCACCAAAUCCGAGCAGAAGAAGAACCCGCAAGCCGUUCUGGACGUCCUGAAGUUCUACGACUCCACGGGCAACGGCCGGCAGAAGUACCUCAGCUUCUCCUCAGAGAAGGACGGAUUUCCCUCUGGUGAACAAUCGCCUGUCAAGAAAACACCAGAGCCUUCGUCCCCAAUCAAAGCGGUGGAUGAUGAUGAAGAUGAUGACGAUGAGGAGGCGCCGCCACCUGUUGUCGCACCUCGACCAGAACACACUAAGAGCGUUUACACUCGCCCCUCUGUCAUCGACCCGCUCCCUCCCCCCGUGACCUCUCCAGACAGCGAGGUCGCGUCCAAGGCCACCGACCGGCAAAGACCCAAAAAGGGCAAGAUGACCGACGAGGAGAUCAUGGACAAGCUCAGAACCAUCGUCAGUAUUGGAGAUCCAAAAAAGAAAUACACACGAUACGAGAAGAUCGGACAAGGAGCUUCAGGAACUGUGUUCACCGCCAUCGACGUUGCCACUGGACAGGAGGUGGCCAUCAAACAGAUCAACCUGCAGAAGCAGCCCAAGAAAGAGCUCAUCAUCAAUGAAAUUCUCGUGAUGAAGGAGCUGAAAAACCCAAACAUUGUCAACUUCUUAGACAGUUUUCUGGUAGGUGAGGAGCUUUUUGUAGUGAUGGAGUACUUGGCCGGCGGCUCGCUCACAGAUGUCGUAACAGAAACGUGUAUGGACGAGGCUCAGAUCGCCGCCGUGUGCCGAGAGUGUUUGCAAGCUCUGGAGUUUCUGCACGCUAAUCAGGUCAUUCAUCGAGACAUCAAGAGUGACAACGUGCUUCUGGGAAUGGACGGUUCUGUCAAGCUCACGGACUUUGGCUUUUGUGCCCAGAUCACUCCUGAACAGAGUAAGAGGAGCACUAUGGUGGGCACGCCAUAUUGGAUGGCUCCGGAGGUGGUGACGCGCAAAGCCUACGGACCCAAAGUCGACAUCUGGUCCCUGGGCAUCAUGGCCAUCGAGAUGGUGGAGGGAGAACCGCCGUACCUCAACGAGAACCCACUGAGGGCGCUCUAUCUGAUUGCCACCAAUGGGACUCCAGAGUUGCAGAGUCCUGAGAAGUUAUCGCCCAUCUUCAGAGACUUCCUCAGUCGCUGUCUGGAAAUAGACGUGGAGAAGAGAGGUGGAAGCAAAGAGCUUUUGCAGCAUCCCUUCCUGAAGCUGGCCAAACCUCUCUCGAGUCUCACUCCUCUCAUUUUGGCUGCCAAGGACGCCAUGAAGAACAACCGCUAGCCUCCCGCUACGAACGAGCUGUGCCCGAAAGCACCGCGAACUGCUGAACACUCGAAAUCUGUGCCAGGCGUUUUUACCAGUGUCAACGACAUAUCCAUGUUGCCAAAACAAGCAUUUAAUUUGGGUCUUUGCCUGUUUUUAACCCUGUAUUGGCCGCUGUGGUAUUGGGGGGUAUUAGAUGUCCUCCUGCUCUCAUUAGUUUCUUGUUGGAACGGUCUGUGUUUUAUGUAUGAACUCUUCCACUCUUUGGCUCCUAUAGACCUCAUAUGCUCCAUAGUUGAUGACACAAAUCAAUCAUGGUGAUUUCUGAUCCAGCUGGAGACCUUUUGUUAGUCUUUCUGUAGCCAGAAUCACGACUGAAAACUGUGUAAGCCGACUCCUGUUCUUGACCCGAAGGGAAGAGCACCUUACUGAUGCACACCAACUGCGAGCAGUGAAUGAUUUUUUUUGUAGUCACUUGUGCCUUUGUUGUUAUUCCAGCAAACACCUUUAUACUUUGUCUAAAGAGGCAGAUUUUUGCCAUUUGAACUUCCUCUAACCUGAGACGAAACUUUCAUGUGAUGAAAUGUGUAUAUGACGUACUUCGAAGAAGCGUAGCAUUUCAGUUGAUGUAGUUAACCGAAAGCAGGACACGUAGAUUAGAUGUGUAUGUUUGUGUACACGAACACUUUCGCGUCGUUUUAGUAACUAACAGUUUGUUAUGAAGUCAAUCCAGUUGUCGAUAAGUCAUGAUGUGAGAACUAUUUUUAUGCUUUUCAGUCACUUGUUUUGCAAGUAAAAACUGAAUUCCUGCAAAUUCUGUGAACGAUAGUCAUUGCAACAUUGUGUACAUCUCUUGUUCUUCAUUAAAAGAGGACUUGAAACUUGAGAUUAGAAUAAACUCUCUCUCUAGGGCUCUUUUGUAGUCUGUUUAAACCUU